AUGAUGAAUGGCUCUAAUGAACAUGCAUUAAGUGACAUGGAAGUUUCGGACAACGAAGAAUUCUCGCAACAACAUAAUUCUAUCGAUGCAUGGAUACAAGAUUCCAUGCCCCAAGGACAGCGCAGCCAACAAAGUUAUCCAGAUGGCCGAGUUUACCAAAAUCGAAAAGACACAUCUGGGAGCAGUAGAUCAAUCCACAUCAAUCCAGCAUUAACCCAAAGAUUUCAAGAUGCCCCCUAUUAUCAGUUCAAUGAUUAUGAGAAUGUAGAGAGCGCACAAAACAAUAACCAAAGAGGAGUAAUUAAAAGAUCAGGACGAGCAAAACCCUUACCCAGAUUGGCGAGCAGCAAAAAAAAUCUCUCGCCAAAAACAAUAGUCAUUGAUAAUAGUGACGAAAGCGAUUCAGGAGAAAGUUUCGUAACCGCGCCUUCCUCUCCAAUUGAAAACCGUUCAAUGACACUUAAUGGAAAUCCCAAACCUGAAAAUGACACAGAAAGAUUACAAAGUGAUUUAUCCAAUACCGAGAAUGAGCUAGACAUCGUUGACAAGGAGUUAAGCAAUCUUAUUCAGAAGAAAAUGGAACUCGAAAACGAACUGCUAACGAUAAAACUCAAAGAAACGCUCAAGCGGAAGAAGAUUAACACUCGCGUUCCUCAACAAAAGAAAUUAGAACUAUCUGAAUAUCCUCCACCCGAACAUAAAACUGAAGAAGCUCCUAAAAACGUUUCAAUCGUUACUCCCCCAAAGCAAACUUCAGCACCACACACGUCUACACCUUCAGUAACCAAAACUAAACAUGACCCAGUACCCGAAAAGAAACUGUUUAUGGAUACAUUUGGUAAACCUACUUUGAGACCUACCAAUAUAUUUGGAGUAUCCUUACCACCCACUAUCCCUACCCCAGUCAAGAAACCAAUGCCUAUGUCUAACAAAUCCCUUCCCACGCACAAUAAAGUCGCAGUACCUGGUCCAUCAGAAAGGGUUAGUUUUAGCAUCAGUCAGCCAAUGACUGCCCCUGUUAUAAAAAGCAUUCCUCUUGAUGGAACUUCCCAAUCUGCUUCCAUGGAGUCAACCUUUCCCAUACCAAAACAAUACUCAACCAAUGUUUUUAAACGUGCUCCAUUAAAAAACACAAACAACCCCUUACAAUAUUCAUCAUUAUCGUCCUCAAGCGAAUCUAAAGGGUUUGUAAAUACACUAUCAACGAAUAACAACUUUGACCGAGCCCAACCUCAAAUCGAAAAAAAGCUUAUGAUCCAAGGUACACCUCAGAGCUCCACAAAAUCUAGAGCACCAAAGGCAAUAUUUGGGUUCGUAGCUCAGAACAUUAAUGCAAACAAGGUUACACCGCAACAAAAGACUUUUUCAAAAAAAGUCCCUUCAUUUGACUUAAUUGGUGAAAAAGAGGAAACCAAAGGCUCAAACCCAACUUCUAUCCGACCAACUACUGUAGAUCGUAGCGAUGUAGCUGCCAAAAAAGAUACAACAGCUUCUAAAUCUGUAAAAGAAAGCGAAGCUACUCCCACCGCCGCCCACCCUUUGCCUACCGACGCUAAUAAUCAAAAAUUCAUUCACAGCACGGUUCCAUAUGAAAUAUUUGGUGGAUGUAAUACUCAUAAUAAUUCUCCCUCUAAUCAAGCUGAAAAGACAACUACUAAUACCCAAAGCAACGGGAAAAGUGAGUUUCCUAGUAUAAAAAAAGAGGAAAGUGCAUUGAAUUCGUAUGUUAAAACCAGCGAAAGUACGACCCUGAUGAAUACGUCACCAGAAACUCCUCGGCCUAAAGUUAAUCUAGUUGAGAUUCUUGCCAUUGCACAAGUUCUAGACCAUCGAGAAAAAGCCAAAAAACUAGCAGAAAUCCAAAAAAAUCAACCUAAACCAGAUUACACUGGACUCUCACUUUUAGAGAUUUUGGGAGCACCUUCAUUUGUCUCAUCAUCCACACAGCACGACUCCAUCAAACCUACCGAUCAUCCAGAAGCAUUGCAAAAUGGAAUCAGUACAAAACAAAAAGAGCGAUACUUGCCUCAGACAAUAGAUAAAACCCAAAAAGCUGUGAAAAAUGAACCAGUACAGGAAACUCACACGGAACAAAAAACUCAAAAUGCUGUAAAAAUCGAAUCAGUACCAGAAACUCACACAGAACAAAAGACUCAAAAAGCUGUAAAAAACGAACCAGUACAGGAAGCACAUACAGAACAUGAAUCCCAGGAAAUUGUGAAAGCCGAACCAGUACAGGAAACACGUACAAAACAUGAAGCUCAGAAAAGUGUGAAAAGCGAACCAAUACAGGAACCACAUACAAAACAGGAUCCCCGGAAAACUGAGUCAGCCCAACAAGUUGAGAGUGACGAUAUAUUGACUAGAAAAAGGAGUGAUUAUAAGCAUUCAGACUUGAAUAUUGUGAAUAAGAAAGCAAAAUACGAGAGGGAAAAAAGUAAAGAGAAGUCUGUCGCUAUAUUUGAUGAAUCUCCAGGUGCAGCUACGACCAAUAUUCCUGAGCCAAUGGUCCCAGAUGUCUCGAUUAAACCGAGGACGACUUCAUUCACAGCUUACGAGUCUCCGUUAAAAGUCUUUGGUAUCAACCACCAAGAAUACCAGCCACCUCAAGCCACAUCGAAACCGAAAAAGCCUUUCAACAAGAAAAGCACGUUGUGUAAAUUUGAAGCCAGUGGUGGAACGUGCAAUAACGAUACAUGUACCUCAAUCCAUUUUCGAGAUUUUCAAUAGCCACUUCUCAGCCGUCCCAGAGUAAGGAAGGAUAAAAUAUGAAAUAUGAUUAUGGUUUAUUAAAGUGACAGAUCUCCCUACAUCCCUCUAUUACUCUUUCCCUCUCACUCUAUUUCAUUCUUUCUACUCAUUAUGUCUAUAUAUCCAUUUACAUUAUCCUCAUAUAAGUUUUUUUAACAAACAAAAAGGCGCAACUAAUAGUGAAUUCCCUCACAGUACUUGCCUAAAAAUAAAAUAAAAUAAAAACACCUUAUUUAAUAAUAUAGAUAU